AUGUCGGCAGGCAGACCUUCAUAUCUCAUCGUUGGUGCAGGCGUCUUUGGCGUAUCGACUGCAUAUCAUCUAAUCAAGAAGUAUCCAGAUCGACAAAUCACUAUUGUCGAUCAGGAUGCUUGGGACGCGGACAACCGCGUAGCAGCAUCUUGGGAUUGGAACAAAGUUGUUCGUGCAGAUUACGAUGAUAUUAUCUACUGCCAACUGGCCCUCGAAGCCCAGGACAUAUUCAAGGAGGAUCCUCUUUGGCAACCCUACUUCCACGAGACUGGUAUCUUCUGGGUCUGCCGCUCAGACUAUGCACAGGAGGUGAUUAACAACUACAAGAAAUUGGGCCGCAAGGCAGAUCUGCGAUCUGUCACAGUUGAGGAGGCAAAAAAGAUGUUUGGGGGACUCUUUGAAGAUGCCAAUUACGAUGGCGCAAAGAGUGUACUUGUCAACCAGUCGAGUGGUUGGGCGAACGCCGGCGAUUCCUUGCGGGCUAUCACCAAAUGGUCAAUAGAUAAGGGAGUAAAGUAUGUGACACAAAAGGUUGAAAGCCUAACAUUCGACAACAACGGAACCUGCACAGGUGUCAAGACCGAGCAAGGCAACACCAUUACAGCAACAAAUGUUAUCCUCUCAACGGGGGCCUACACGGCAAAACUGCUCGAACAAGCCGCAAAGGCAAGCGGGAAUGACAAUCUCCGUGCUGGUGGCAGGAUAGUAGCAGGAGGAAUUACCACCGGCAUGACAACACUCGACGAGAAGUCUUUUGAACGCUUCAAGGACAUGCCUGUUGGUGUUCAAGGCUACACGGCUGCAUACGGGCCCUUUAUAGGUAGCUUACCGCCUACCAAGGACCGCGAACUCAAAUGGUGGGGCGAGAAGAUCUUCAAAAACACACACGAAGUACUACCUGGCCGCUUUGUCUCGGCCCCUCCAUCUGGGAAAGACUAUAAUCAAUGGGACGUUCCUGGCCCAUUGAAACUAGACAUUGGCCACGCCAACGAUGUGUUCUACGGGAAGAAGGGCGCUAAUUGGAAGAUGGAAAAGCACCGUAUUUGCUGGGACGCAUUCACAACAUCAUCGGAUUUCAUCAUAUCCCCUCACGCCGGCGCAAAGGGCCUUUACGUCGCAACUUGUGGUUCCUUCCACGGCUAUAAAUUCUUCCCCGUGCUCGGCAAGUAUGUAGUCAAGAUGCUGGAAGACGAUCUUACGCCGGAGUUGAAGGAGAAAUGGGCUUGGGAUCGUGAACGGCCGGCGCCCAGUUUGAACCCGGAUUGGCCGCGGUUCGAGAUGGCGGAUCUGCUGGAUCAGUGGCCCAAGUCGAAAUUGUAG